GCGGCGCUCCAGAAUGAGAGGGAGAGGAGAGGGUCGCUGCUAAACCAUGAACUCAAAUAACCGCUGCACUUCCGCCGGCUAAGGUGUGUGUUCGUCAGUGGUGCAGUGUUUGUGUGCACCGUCAGCCAUGCCUGUCACAUCCCAGCUGCUCAGGGGUUUUCCCCGUGCCAAGGUCUUGGCCUCCAGUCUGUUACCAUGCCAACAACACCAGUCCCAGUUCGGGCCCGCCACUCACCGACCCGCCUCACGACAUCCGUCCCACGUGUGGCAGAGACACCAGCCGUCGAGAAGUUACCGGAAAACCUCAGCGCUCCACAGCUACAUCCUCACGCCUCCACAGGUCAACUCCAUCCUCAAAGCCAACGAGUACAGCUUCAAGGUGCCAGAGUUUGAUGGUAAAAAUGUCUCAUCAGUGAUGGGAUUUGAAAGUAAUCAGCUGCCAGCAAAUGCUCCCAUAGAAGAUCGCCGCAGCGCAGCUACAUGCCUGCAGACCAGAGGAAUGCUGCUGGGUGUGUUUGAUGGCCAUGCGGGCUGUGCCUGUGCACAGGCGCUCAGUGAGAGACUGUUUUACUACAUCGCAGUGUCUCUGCUGCCCCACGACACUCUGUGUGAGCUGGAGGCAGCGGUGGAGAGCGGAAGGGCCCUCAGCCCCAUCCUGCAGUGGCACAAGCACCCCAACGACUACUUCAGCAGGGAGGCUCAGACGCUCUACUUCAACAGCCUCCGAACGUACUGGCAGGAACUGAUAGAUCUGACCAGUCCAGGCGAAGUUCCAGAAACCCGCGAGGCUCUGCUGAACGCCUUCAAGAGGCUGGACAGCGACAUUUCUCUGGAGGCUCAGGUUGGAGAUCCGAAUGCCUUUCUGCACUACUGGGUUCUGAGAGUGGCCUUUUCUGGAGCAACGGCCUGCGUGGCUCACAUCGACGGAUCAGACCUCUUCAUAGCCAAUGCAGGAGACGCCCGGGCAGUGUUGGGGGUGCAGGAGGAAGAUGGUUCCUUCAGCGCUCACACUCUUUCUAAUGACCACUGCGCCCAGAACGAGGAGGAGGUCACUCGGAUACGAGGCGAACAUCCUUCGUCGGAGAGGAAGACGGUCAUACGUCAGGACCGGUUGCUCGGCCUCCUCAUGCCGUUCCGGGCGUUCGGUGACGUGAAGUUCAAGUGGAGCAUUGAGCUGCAGAAGCGGGUGUUGGAGUCCGGACCCGAUCAGCUGCAUGAAAACGAACACACCAAGUUCAUCCCCCCCAACUACCACACGCCCCCCUACCUGACCGCCGAGCCAGAGAUCACGUACCACAAGCUGAGACCACAGGAUCGCUUUCUGGUGAUCGGCUCGGACGGCCUCUGGGAGACGCUCCACCGGCAGGAGGUGGUCCGCGUCGUCGGGGAGUAUUUAACGGGAGUUCACCAGCGUCAGCCACUCACAGUCGGAGGCUACAGGGUCACCUUGGGACAAAUGCAGGGGCUGCUGGAGGAGAGGAAAGCUCGGGUGUCAUCAGCCUUCGAGGACCAGAACUCGGCGACCCACCUGAUGCGCCACGCCGUUGGAAACAACGAGUUCGGCACCGUGGACCACGAGAGGCUGUCGAAGAUGCUGUCGCUGCCCGAGGAGCUGGCGCGCAUGUACCGCGACGACAUCACCAUCAUCAUCACUCAGUUCAACCCUCACGUGAUCGGAGCGCAGAGGCAGGAAGGGCAGUCCUGAGCCGCUUGAAGCCAUCCGCCCGACCAGCGCACACACUUCUACAUCUAAGCACACUCUGUGGACAAACAGGCCAUAACACGACAACAUCUGUCCAGCAGGGGGAGCUCAUGGUUUUAACACUAUUUAUGUAAAGAGUUUAUAUGUUUGUAUGCAGUGCUACAGAUAAUCUGGUUUCCUAUGAAGCUUAAAACUGGAUUCAUUUCUCUUAGACAACAUGUUAUUUAUGCUGCCGCCGUUUGUCCGGCAGCUGUUUUCAUACGCGAAUCUCUCCGACUCUGUUACAAACUGACUUUGGUGCCAAAACGUUCAACCUCCUCGUCUGCUGUAAGGCUCAGCAGGGUUGAAAUUAUAGAAGUUCCCAAAGAGGGUGAGCGAGUAAAGAGGCCUUGGGUGACGGCACUGACUCCACAAUAUGAACUUUAACUGGGCUGUCCAGUUAGAGCAGUACACUCUGUUUCUGGUUGUGUUACUAGUAGAGCCUGACGGAUGUUGGAUUUUUGGGGACGAUGCUUAUUUUUAGGGGGUAAAAAUUCAAAAAAAUUGGCUGAUGUUGUUUAUGUCUAUGUCAGUUAUGUUAGGCUGUUUUCCGCUGCAGGCCAUUUUUGGGUGACCCAAACCUUCAGUGCUUGUUCUGACCAAAAGAACUGCCUCUGUAGAACUUGUUUCAGGGACAAUUUCAGGGGAGAAAAAAAAAAAGCACCUACUCUGGGGUUUCCAAGUGGGCCCAGAAAGCUGCUGGUUAAACUCUGAGAAGACAAUAAGCACCUUUUUCUAUUUUUCCGUCUUCUCUUAAACUUUGCAGUCAAAAACGUCAAAUUCUCCCAGUCAGCAAACAUACAAACCUUCAUUGUCAUAGAACUGGAGUUACGUCCAGUGACUAUUUGUUUCAGUGCACUCAAAAGUUAAAGUUGCCGUUAGAGCUGUCUGGUCCGAAACCACAGCUCACACAAACCAGUUCACACCUUCAGUGGAAAGCUUUCUUUAUUGGCUCUUGUCUAUUAACUUUGAGGCAAUGUAGUUCACAAACUAGCAGCAACUUGUAAUAAGUGAUGUUUCCUCUGCUACAUGCGAUGGCAUCAGAGCGUGCUCCAUUGGACAAACUAUUUCAUGACAGUAUUUUAAAUUCUUUUAAGCAUUUUUACAUUAUGCUCUGUUUAAAAAAAAAAAAAAAUCCAAAUUGGGGCAUAUAUGGUGAAAUGGAUAUAUCUGCGGUAGACCGACAUUCUUACCUCGUAUAUAUGUUAGUUAUAUUGUAAAGAUAACUUUAUGGGCUCAUUUAUUAACUUUUCCUGAAGUGUUUUUCACUAAAUAGUUGGAAAUUUACUGUGAAGACACUGCUUGACUCCGCACCACUGUUCGAUCAACUCGUAUACCUACGCAGAUACAUGCGCUGCCGUUGGCAAAUAAUGUUAUUGGAGCGCAAUUUGCUGGACAAACUAAGCGAUGGCACCAUUUCUUUCCAUUAGUGUCUUUCACAGAGUAGUUAGCAGCCUACUGCGAAGACACUGCUUGACUCUGCACCACCGUGUGCAGCACAUGUAGCAGAGCUCACAUCGCAGCUAAAAGGACGGCAGUGAGAGUAUUGCAAACAAAGAAGUCAGAGCCACUUUGCUAUAUGAAUUAUGUGAUGGUACAGUUUCUAAAUUAACGCAUUAUGUUUAAAAGUUUUCCACAUAACUGGCAGCAUAAUACAAACAAUACAUCUGUAAUAGGCCAAUAUUAUUUAUAUAAUGUUACAUGGAAAAGGCAAAAUAGGGGGUCCUUGUUGAUUAACUUUGCAAUUUCUUCCACAACUACUUACAUCAACGUCUGCUCAGCUGUGAUGCAUGCACUGCUAUUGCUAACAGUUAUGUUUUUCAAAAGAAAGUUUUUGCGUAUAUCGGACGAUAACACCAGCUGGCAGAUACAUCAGUCGGGCUCUACUCGUUUGCAUCCAUGACGCUCUUCUAGAUUGCUUCUGUUGUUACAAGGGAGGCCUGUUGCAUCUACUUGUUUUUACUUCUUUCUGUGUGUCACCGUUUGAUAGUACUGUCCACACAUAUAGUCGAUGCUUCCUUCUACAUUUACACUGUUUUCUGACUGGUAAUCUUUUUGACUCGGGCUCUGCUGCAGCACACUGGAGUGACAUGAAACAAUCAGAUUUGGGGCGUUUGCAUCCGUAUUAAGCGAGUGACGCAGGAUGUGGGUGCAAAUAUGUUACAUUAAAGCUGAAAGUUGGCUCUUUAGCGUCAUAUUGUGAUGCUUCCCGUCCUGUCCGGAGGUUAAAUCUGAGGGGUUAGUAUAAGUAUAGUAUAAGUGGAGUAUAAGGAGUUGGGAGAAGAAUAAUUCUGUUACAGGGAAUGUAUGUAGAUAACUGCUUGCCACACGUAGAUAUUUUGUUGUUUUAAAAGCCAGAAUGGAUGGAAACCACUGAGCCAGUGAUUGUUUUCAUGUCAAAUCCAGCAGGCUGCAGCACUGAGCAAAGACCACUACAGGUAGACUGAUGUACCUGGCAUCUCUGUGACAUUAUCACUGAGUAUCUGUGCAACUUCUUCACUUUAUGAAGUACUAAUGAAGUGAGUUAUUCUCCAUUUUCCAUACAUAAUGUACCACUACUUUACCUAGAGUGAAAGUCAGUGUCUGAAGCUUCUUUUCCAACCAAUGCAAGGUUAAGAUGCAUGUUUUUUUUGUUGUUGUUGUUUUUUUUCUGACAGGUCAUAAGCAGUUGAAUUAAUCAUUUCUUACAGCUUUUAUUGUUCACAACGCUGAUGUUUGAGAGCGAAUCCGGAUUCUUUUCUGUUGGAAUCACAGGGUCACGGCUGUUUAAGUUGUAUUUAAGCCCCAAACGAAUGAGCAGAAUGUACAUUUGAAAGAAGCUGUUUGAAUAUUAAGUACUAUUUAUUCAGCUUUAGCAGUAUGUUACACACCUUUACUGUCAUAUGUAUAAAUUGUAACUUAUGUGGGUUAAGUUUUGUAUAUGGAAUGGUUUAAUAAAAUGCUUAAAUACUCAGA